AAAGCUCAGAUAAUCAAACCAAAGAGCAGAUUCCGGAGUUUUUCUUGACAUGGAUCUUUGCAGCUCUGCUUCAGAAAACCCAGAAUGUUGAAUAUCCUACCUUUCGUUGGAGAAACAGCAGUCAGUGUGACCGGACCCUCCUAUGCGCCCCUGCCUUUCAGGCAGCCCUGGAUGUGGCUGUUUAUCGCUAUGGAGAUUUAUUUUAUGGAGAGAUAUUUGUGCUUUCAGUUUGAGCGUUUGAGGCUGUUUAUCGGAAGAGGGGCUGUCUGGCUGUCUGUGAAGAGGCCAGUAAAGCUCCCCCUCCUUCUCUGCCAGCUUCCUGCUUUCCUCACAUUAUUGUUUUUCCACGGUGAACGGUUCGGUUUGGAUCCAGGGUUCCGGGUCGUUUUGGUUCGGUGCGUCACCAGUCCGCAGGUUAUAAACCCGCCGUAUAGUAACAUGGUGCCUGAGAGAGAAGGAUCACCUGCUGAAUGCCGAUGGGCUCGUCUUCCUAAAUGGGUGGAUAUUGAAACAGCUGCGGUGGUGACCAUCCUAAUGGGGAUUUUCCAGCUGCUGCUGUGUGCUUCACUCAUCCAGACUAAUAAACUUAUGUCCAAGUUCUUCUUCCUUUUGCCUCUUGUGAUGGGAAUAACUAUUAUAGCCGGUGGAUCCUUUACAAUGGCCAGCAAGAAGUACCCCAACAAACUACUGCUUCGUGGCUUUGCUUGCAGUAACAUCCUCGGCCUGCUGGGGUCGCUGGUGGCCCUCUGCAUUUAUAGCUACUACCUCCACAUUGCAUCAAAUUUUGAUUCAACAGAGUCGUGUGGGUACAAUGACCUCUAUGGGUCAUGUGCUCUGAAUAAUCUAACGGCCUACACCUGGAGCAUGCUGCUGCAGCUGCUGAUCUAUGACUGUGCUGCUGUAGUUCUGCACUUCCUCUUGUCUGUCUGUGCCUUCAGAACACUUAAAGCAGAAUAACACACAUUUCUAACAUAACCUACAACCAGAUGCAGUAAAGCACAUGUCAAAGUCAAGGCCCACAGGCCUGAUCCGGCCCGCGAAUAGUUUAUCCAUUGCCCUCUGGAUGAUAUUUAAUUACCAUUAGAACCUGGCCCACAGGUCACGGCCGCUUGUGCUUGCUGCUGUGACUUUGCGGGCUACCGUUGCAUUGUGGGGAAUGUAGUGUUGGUGCUGUUGUGUUGCAUGCACCAACACUACAUUCCCACGGGAAAACAUUGUGACCGCUUUUUAGACCGAUCCAGUUAAAAGAAAGAUGCAGGUGAACACCAGCAUCCCCAUACCAAGACUCCUACCGUUACUCUGAUCGAGUCGGAGCGCUGCUUACUGGCGCUGACCUCUGCCCUGACUGUGCCGUUUGUUCACCUCCCAGUAUUCUGUGCCUGGCGUGCGGACCCCACCUGUCCCUCGCUCUGCAGCGUGUCCGUCUCUAUCACCUGCAGGAUUAGCUCCUUCCCUCCCUCCAUCCAGGCUUCUUUAAUUAUGGCUUCAAUCAGCCUCUGCUGACACACGAGCGCAACAUUUGCACAGCGCAGUUAGUGCACACCGCCUCCUUAGACAACCGACUUCAGCCCAGCCAAAACAAUCCAAACAUGCAAAGCAAAAGAGAAAAUAAAAGAAAAACACAAUCAUAUUUUUUAAUAAUAUAAUAAAACUUUAUCAAUAAUAUUGUUAUUAUUAUAUAUAUUUUUUAAGUGUUAGGUCUUGGUUCAAUAGGCUAUGUUCAUUGCAACAUAUUUUAAUAAACAUUUAACCAGUCCGGCCCUCGGCUUGUAGCAAAUUCGUUUUUUGGCCCUCGGUCUGUUUGACUUUGACAUCGCUGCAGUAAAGGAAGUGAGUACUAACCCUGCAGGAUGCUGUUUGAACAGAUUUACUGACAGCAUUUAUUUUAUUUUAUAGAAAAUCUCCUGAUGUUAAAUCUAAAAAUUAUAUUUUUCUUUACAUUCUUUGUUACUUUGGAAUAAAAUAUAUUUGCUCACAUGAACAUGUUUGCUUAAAAACCUGUAUGACUAAAGUUCAAUUAAAUUCUAAUUCCUGUUUCUUAAA